CAAGGAUGACGACAGCGAAGACCAUGGAAGAUAUAACAUAUAAGCGUCUCGAAUUUGCCUGUAAUUAUUUCCUUGCUUGCAUAGUAGACCAAGGGCUAUCUUCAAGGGACAAAGGGGGACAGACUCCCAGCCUACCUGUCUAUCCAUCCUCUGCAUGAUUUCGCAGCAUUCGCAUCCUCGCCGCACUGUUACUGGAAUAAGAGUCACCUAGCGAUGUCUCUCCGCCCAAGCAUCGCCCGCAUCUAUGCGCAAACCCACCACCAACUCCACCACCGCGGCUUCAGCUCCACCACAUCCCUCGCCCUCCAUGCGUCGCCAAAAACACCCUCGCCCCCGCCAUCGCGGCCCGCCACGCAGCAGGCCGCACCCGCCGCCACGCCCCGCAAGCCGAUGAACCCCAACCCGCGCGACAACCCGGCCGACGAGCUGGCGCCCCGCGGAGACGUCAACGUGGGGCGCAAGCGGUUCGCCGACUUCGACCUGGCGGGGCGGGUGUUCGUCGUGACGGGGGGCGCGCGGGGUCUCGGUCUCGCGCUGGCCGAGGCGCUCGUCGAGGCCGGCGGCAAGACGUACUGCCUCGACCGGGCGGCGCGGCCCGAGGACGAGUGCUGGGAGGAGGCGCGGCGGCGGGUCGCGCCCGAGUGGGGCGGGUCGCUGCACUACCUGCAGCAGGACGUGGCGGACACGGAACACCUCGACCAGGUCAUCGCGCGGGUGGCGGCGGAGCACGGGCGGCUCGACGGCGUGAUCGCUGCGGCGGGGGUGCAGCAGAUCACGCCGGCGAUGGACUACCGCGAGGAGGACGUGGCGCGCAUGAUGGCGGUCAACUACACGGGGGUGCUGAUGACGGCGACGUCGGCGGCGCGGCAGAUGUUCCGGUACAAGACGAGGGGCAGCAUCUGCUUCAUCGCCAGCAUGUCCGGAAAGGUGGCCAACAAGGGCCUGUUGUCGCCCGUGUACAACUCGUCAAAGGCCGCCGUCAUACAGCUGGCGCGCAACCUGGCCAUGGAGUGGAGCCCCAUCCGGCAGGACGGCACGGGCGGGAUCCGCGUCAACUGCAUCAGUCCCGGGCACAUCAUCACGCCCAUGGUGGCCAAGAACUUCGAGGAGGUCCCCGGGCUCAAGGCGAAGUGGGAGGCCGAGAACAUGAUGGGUCGUCUGGCGCAGCCGAGCGAGUUCAAGGGCGCCGCGCUGUACCUGCUCAGCAACGCGAGCAGCUUCAUGACGGGGAGCAAUAUCAUCAUCGAUGGCGGGCAUACCUCGUGGUGAUUUUCCGGGUGGUGAAGAACAGGGAAUCUGCAUACCGAGCGCGGGGCCGGGCGUGCUGGAGUUAUUGUAACUUGUGACAAACAUGUGACGGAUCAGUUCCUGAGCUUCUGUGGGCUAGUUUGCCAUAC